AUAUUAUUGUUUUUUUUUUUUUUGUGUGGAUACGGAAGCGGAAGCUGUCUUUGCCUUUCUCUGCUUCCCUGAGGAUCUGUAGCCUUUCUCUGUCUGCUUUGCUUAAUGAGCAAAACACAAAGUCAGAGAAAAGAGCUUCUUCCAGCUUCUUAGCUUUUCGUUUGUAAUAUUUUCCCUUUUGUUAUUUCUUUCUUUCAAACUUGUACUCUGAAUUCUGAAAACAUAUAUAUAUUUUCACAGGCUCUCUCUGCCUCUCAUUGUGUAACGCAUAUACAUAUAUGUGUCUGUCUCUGUAUCUCUUGUAUAUAUAAAGUUUGAGGUUCUCAAAAAUAUUUUGCAGAGUUGGUUUUAGAGUGCUUUUACAGGUUUUGAAUAUAAGCUUUUGCCCGGGCUUUUUGAGGCUCGGGUUCAUCCGAAAUCAUGAACUCUGAGACUGAGCUCCCUAAUCUGGUCGACCCAGAACAACCCAAUUCUUGCUUCUUGCAGAAGUUCAAGCUCUACGAGACUCGCUCGAAAUUUUAUAUGAUAGGAAGAGACAAAAGCAGAACCUUUUGGAGGGUGUUAAAGAUUGACAGAUUGGAUCCAUCUGAGUUAAACAUUCUUGAAGAUCCUGCAACAUAUUCGGAUGAUGAGUGCUAUGACCUUCUAAAACGAAUACAUGAAGGAAACAAAUCAAUGGGUGGACUUAAAUUUAUCACCAUUUGUUAUGGAAUUGUUGGGUUCGUGAAAUUUCUGGGACCUUAUUACAUGCUAAUUAUUACAAAAAGAAGGAAAAUUGGAGUGAUUUGUGGCCAUACAAUCUAUGCAAUUUCCAAGAGCGAGAUGAUCCCAGUUCCAAAUCCUGCUGUGCGAUCAAAAUUGGCUAAUUCUAAGAAUGAGAACAGAUACAAGAAGCUCCUAUGCACAGUGGAUCUCACAAAGGACUUCUUUUUCAGCUAUUCAUACUCUGUCAUGUCUAGUCUGCAAAAGAACUUAUGUGAUAAUAAGACAGGACCAAUCCUUUAUGAAAAAAUGUUUGUUUGGAACGAAUUCUUGACUCGCGGAAUCCGAAAUAGUUUGAAGAAUACUCUCUGGACAGUUGCCUUGGUGUACGGAUUCUUUAAACAGGUCAAUCUUUCUGUAUCUGGCAGGGAUUUCAAGUUGACCCUCAUUGCCAGACGUUCUCGCCACUUUGCUGGCACCAGAUAUUUAAAGCGAGGUGUCAAUGAGAAAGGUAGAGUAGCUAAUGAUGUUGAGACAGAACAGAUUGUUAUUGAAGAUGCUGCUGAAGGAUCCCCAGUGCAAAUAAGUUCUAUUGUGCAGAACCGAGGCUCAAUUCCCCUUUUCUGGUCCCAGGAAACCUCUCGUCUAAAUAUCAAACCUGACAUAAUAUUAUCGAGGAAGGAUCAUAAUUACGAAGCAACGAGACUUCAUUUUGAAAAUCUUGUCCAGAGAUAUGGAGAUCCAAUAAUUAUUUUGAAUCUGAUUAAGAAAUGUGAGAAGAAGCCUCGAGAAACAAUUCUCCGUGCAGAGUUUGCAAAUGCUAUCACAUAUAUCAAUAAGAGUUUAACAGAUGCAAGUCGUCUAAGGUUUCUCCACUGGGAUCUGCACAAACAUGCCAGAGGCAAAGCUACCAAUGUGUUGACAGAUCUAGGAAGAGUGGCUACGUUUGCAUUGGGUUUGACUGGAAUCUUCUAUUGUCAAGUAACUCCUAAUUUAGGGCCUGAAGGAUUAUUGAAGGGUUCCUUCUUUGAGAAAAAUGAUGAUAGUGGUAAGUGCUUGCAACAUAGCUGUUCCAGAAAAUAUGAGGAUGAUGAUAGCCUAGAAACAGAAAUUAGCAAUGGUAGUGAUGAUGCAAGCAGAAAUUACAACGUCAGAUCCCCAAUGUUUCAAAAAGGAGUCUUGAGGACCAAUUGUAUCGACUGUUUAGAUCGCACAAACGUUGCCCAAUAUGCUUAUGGGCUAGUUGGUCUUGGACAUCAGCUGCAUGCUUUAGGAAUUACAGAAUCCCCAGAUAUUGAUCUAGAUAACCCUCUGGCUGAAGAUUUGAUGAGAGUUUAUGAGGCAAUGGGUGACACACUUGCACUACAAUACGGUGGUUCUGCAGCUCACAAUAAGAUAUUCUCCGAGACUAGAGGCCAAUGGAAGGCAGCAACUCAGUCGCAGGAGUUCUUUAGAACUCUACAACGGUUUUACAGUAAUGCCUACAUGGAUGCCGAGAAACAAGAUGCUAUUAAUGUAUUCCUAGGGCACUAUCAACCACUACAGGGUAAACCAGCACUGUGGGAAUUGGAUUCAGACCAGCAUUACAAUGUGGGGAGGCGUAAUGAUAAUGUUAGGUCAUUUAUCAAAAGGUCACUAUCUGAUGGCCAUAUGCUUUCCGAAAGUGAUUCACCUAUAGCAAGUGCAGAUGUAGGACACAAUCAGCCUUUGUCUGAAAUUGCACAAGGAGGUAGCAAGGGGAUUUCAGAGUCUGCACCAGCAAUAUCAACUUGUGAAAGUGAGAUAUCCUAUUGCAGGUUCACUUCCCCAAUGCCUUGCAAGCAGCUUUUUAGCGGGAUGCAAGAAGACCAAUGCCUCCAAAGUGAUAAUAUUUUUUAUGAUGAGCAUGAUUAUGAUUGUAACUUCUCAAAUUUUCUGAAUUCGGACUGGUUGUCUUCAUCUGGAAAUUCAUGUGAAGAAGAAACAUGUGGAAGGUCUUUUGCCAGCGUUUCAUCGGAGAAUCUUGUGAAUGGACCAAUGGUUGAAACGAGUACAUCUGUAAGUGAAUCUGGAUCCACAAAAAAGGGCAAAGAGCAAUGUGAAUCUGAGCUCAGUGAUGAUAACGGCAUACUCGAGUAUUCAAAAAGCUUCAUGAACUGGGUAGAUAAUGGGGAGUUGCUGUUUCUUUGAAGCUAACUAGAAAGUUUUGCAUCAUAACUUUGACUCAACCCGUCCGAAGGAUUUGGGUUCCUGUACAGGAAAUAAAUGGUAAGAUAUCAACCAAAAGAGCAUAGUACUGGGAUGUGCUGAGAAAUAUAUUCUUCAAGGUGAAAAUUAAUUAUUGGGUCAUUGAGAAUUUACAGUUUAUCUUGUCAUAAGGUCCAUUGUCAUGAUAGGGGAAGUAAAGAUAAGAAGCAAUAAGCAACUCUUACAGUUGUUGUCAACUCAACCCUUCUUGUAGGUUCUAAUAUCUCUAAAAUUAAUUACCUGUACAUAUUAUUUAGAUAACAACAAAUUUGCUCCCUUCAAGCUCAAUGCAGGUUCAGGUUUUGUUUCAUUUCA